UCGCCUCCGAGGCCAUGGAAAAAGGAAAGCCGUUUAAAUUGUUCGUGCCGCCGCGCCUGAGCGGCGGUCAGGUGUCUGCAGUCAAACCCCAGACCAGCUCUCGGGCCGCGGGGCUGUGUCAGGGUUUUAACAAAUGCCCAGAUGACGAUUUUAAUUCACCUUUUGUAAUGACGAAUACACUGAACCAUGGUGAAAUCACUGAUUCAGAUGCGAUUUCACAGCAAGUAAAACUUUGCUCUGAGAUAGAUGAAGAGAAUAUAGAAACAAUGAAUGAAUUGUAUUCAAAACUCUACAAAGAGGCUGAGAAGAUCAAGCGAUGGAAAGUAACUGUAGAAUCAGAACUAAAGCAAAAGGAAAGAAAAUUGCAAGAAAAUAGAAAGAUUAUUGAAGCACAGCGUAAAGCCAUUCAAGAAUUGCAGUUUGAAAAUGAAAAACUAAGCUUAAAACUGGAAGAUGAGAUAUGUGAAAAUAAAGAUCUUUUAAAAGAAAACAGCACUUCAAGGCAUCUAUGUAACCUACUCAAGGAAACCUGUACUCACUUCACAGAGAAGUCCACCAAAUAUGAACACGAAAGAGAAGAAACAAGACAACUACAUGUGGAACUUAAUAACAACAUUGAAAGAAUGAUAGUGGCAUUUGAAGAGCUUCGUGUGCAAGCAGAGAACACCAGAUUGGAAAUGUGUUUCAAAUUAAAAGAAGAAGCAGAAAGAGUGGACAAGUUUGAAAAAGAAUGCAAACUGGAAGUCAGUAUGAAGGAGAAACAGAUUUCAGUUCUUACCAUACAGAGUGGUGAAAAAGAUGAUGUAAUAAAAGACCUUAAGACUCAGCUGCAGGAAUCAAAAAAUAAAAUUGCAGACUUAGAAGAAGCAAAAAGACUGGAAGGGGAAAUGUUAAAAGAAUCCCAGCUCAAUCAAGAGUAUUUGAGGGCAGAACUGGAAGAAGCCAAAGUUUCAUUGCAAAAAACAGAGGCUACUCAAAAGAGCUUAGAAACUGAACUGCAGACUGCAGUGGAAACAUUAAUUCAGGUCACUCAGGAGAAAGAAGCACAGAUGGAAGAAUGUAAAGAAACUGAGGCUUUGCAUACAUCCAUGAUAGAAGAGUUCGAGACUUCUACUUCCAAUUUAAAAAGCUUGCUGCAAGAAGAACAAAAUAGAUUGAAGAAAUAUGAAGAAGAGUCAAAACUGCUUACCGUGGAGCUCACAAAUAAGUCUGCUGAGCUGGAAGAGAUGACUAAACUAAAAUGUGACAAAGAAAUGCAACUUGAACAGCUGUCAGAAACACUGGAUAAAGCUGAGGAACUUCUUGGGAAAAAGAAAGAUCUUGAGGCAACUGUUGAAAAUUUGCAGGAGAGAGGAAAAGAAAUGGAAAAUAUUCUUCACGUUAGAGAGAAAGAAAUGCAUGAUUUGCAGAUACAGCUGACUAGUAAAGUUGAAAAGGAACAGAGUUAUAUAGAACGACUUACGACACUGAAUGCAGAUCUUGAACGAGAGGCGCUAAAGAAUGAGCAACUAACAGUGCAUAUCAACACGCUCUUAUUAGAAAAAGAGCAAAUGGACCAAGAGAAAAGUAAUAUAGCUGCAGAACUCAGGAAACUACAAGAAAUUCAUGAGGGUGACAGAAAAAAAGAAGAAAAUACAAAGCAGUUAGUAGAUAAUCUGGAAGAAACAAAUAGCCAGCUAAGAAAUGAACUAGAGUCUUUGAAGGAGAAGAUGGCAAAGAAGGGUGAAGAGAUUAAAAGCAAACUGGAUGAAAGUGAAGAAAAUGUAUGCCAUACUAAGAGUAUUGAAAAUGAAAUUUCAAGAAAGGAAAGGCAGUUGAAGAUUCUAGACAAUAAGUUGAAUAAUUUGAAGAAACAGGUGGAAAAUAAAACAAAGUAUAUUGAAGAGCUGCAACAGGAGAACAAGGUGCUGAAAAAGAAAAUGACUGCAGAAAGCAAGAAAACAAGUAUUUAUGAAGGGAAGGUGAAUAAACUACAGCUAGAGAUGGAAAAUAUGAAAAAUCAACAUAAGGAAACAGUUGACAUGUAUAAAAGAGAAAUUGAAGCAAAAAGAGUAACCGAAAAUAAAUUGCUUGAAGAGGUAGAAAAGAUGAAGUUACUUGCUGAUGAAGCAACAAUAACACAGAGAGAAAUGGACAUCCGAUGUCAACACAAGAUAACUGAAAUGAUGGCACUUAUGGAAAAGCACAAAGAAAGCGAACUGUCAUGUUUGAAAAGUGAACUGUCAUCCCUUAAGGAGCAGCUUAAAGUAGAAAUUGAAGAGAAGAAAACACAGACUCAUUUUACUGAGACACCUAAACCUCAUUUAGAUCUGGACUGUACAUCUAUUAAUGUAAAAAAAAUAUUGUCUCAAAAUAUUCCUGUAAAAGUCAACAUGACGGAAAGUAAAAAAACAUCUCCUCCAGCACCUGCAAAAAGUCCCUUGGGUAGUCGAUUAUUAAAGACAUAUAUUGUAAAGACUCCCCCAGUACAUAAAAUGCAAAGUGAAAGCACAAAUCUGCUUUCAGAACAGAGGAAAAAGCAAAAAGUACUUCUGCAGCUGGAUGCUCAGUCAGAUAGCUCUGAACAUAGUGACCUCCUGAGCAUAGUUUCAGAGGAAGAAAUGUUUAAAAAAUUAUACAAAGAUUAUCCACAAGCUUCACAAUUAUAUGCCAUGACACCAAAAAAGAAACCGACUACAUCAAACCUGAAAGCUCCAGGCUCUGCACUGAAACUUACAACUGUGAGAAAAAUGAGAGAGGCUGGGUGGACUGCAGUUUCCAAAAUGGACAGGAAAAGAAAAAUUAAAGAAGCUGAAAAACUCUUUACUUAAAAUAAAAAAAUGACUAGUGCCCAGCAUUAUUUGAUUAGUGCAACCACAGUGUUGUUAUUCUUUGAGAGUUAGUACAUUGUUGCAUUUUUCUGUCUUGUUCAGUAUGUUUAAUACUACAUUAAUUUUCUUUUUACAGAUAAACCUUAUAGACAUGGAACUACUGCAAUCUGUUGAGCAUUUUAAACAUUUCAUUCACUAUACUAUAAAAAGUCUUUUUUGAAAUUAGUCCAAAUAUGAAGAAAGCUGUUUCAAAAAAAAUAAAUCUGGCAUUAGAAAUACUGGCUGUAACAAACUUCAGUUCUGUUAUGUAAAAUUUGCUCUCUUUUUCUUAACAUAUGAUUAACAAAAGGAUAUUAUUUAGUAAAUGAAACGCUGAAGCUGCUAAAAUGCAUGCAUUUUUAUGUGAAAUUGUCUUGCUUUUUCUUUCAUAGUAAAUGUCAGAACUGUCUUUUUAGACUGUUUUGUUUGCAAUAGCUACUACUUUGGUAUGUUAGAACAGUUUUGGAACUUUUAAAAUUGGAUUUUCAAUAGUAUUACAUAGGUAUAAGAAGAUUUCACCUUCAUUAGGAACAAAAUAUAUACACAUAUUUUAAGAGUGUAAACACAGUAGUAAGAUGUCAUUACAUUGUUAAUUUGAAGCAUAAACUGUGGAACCAUCUGUUGUUGUUACUUUAUUUAUUAGAACACAUAUAUAAAUCACCAGACCGCUUUCCUAAGAACUAACAGUUUCUCUCAUGUAAGCAUAAGAAUAGAAUAACAUAUAUUUCUGCAUUAAUCUUUAAUUAAUCUUGGUUCCACAACAACAAAAACCUGCUUCAGAGCCUAAGGAUAACAAGAAAACUGCAGGUACAUCUUAAAAAUAGUAAGAAAAAUAAAAAUCCUGGAUUCAUCUGAAGUUGGUAGCAAAACAUGUAUUCCAUUAGUUUUCCGCAGCAGUUUUAUGUAUAAGUUAGUAUUUCGGGUUCCUUCUGACUUACCUGUUGAGCAGUGAUAUUCAUAAUAUUUUUUAUGUAUUUAAUUCAUAUUAAAUUACUAUUUACUGAUAAAUAUUUUCCAAAGAUCUGAAACAAUGUACCGUUUUUUCCCUCCAUAUUUGGAAAUUGAAUGUGCUAUGCAAGAAAAUUUUCUGAGAAACUAGAACGACUUUUCUUGCUGGAAAUGUAUUUCAUACAUUUGCAGAAUACUGAUUUUAUGAUGUAUCUACUUGAACAGUGUAAAUUAGACCAAACAAAGAACAGUUGCUUAUAAAACACAAGUUUCAGAUGUCUGUUCCUUUCAAAAAAGAUUAUUUUACAAGAAGUAGUGUAAAAUAAUCCCUUUAAGCCUCUCACAUGUACAUUAUUUAUCAUGUACAUAGAAUGUCAUUGAAAGUCAGUUAUUCUCCAGUUCAGUUUGGGAUGUCACUCGCUAAUCUCUCUUUACCUACUUAGCAGGAAAAAGAAAAUGUACGCAAGGAAACACAACAUGUAUGUGCCAUGUGUCAUUUAUUUUAAUAGGGGUUGGUGUUUUAUACAAGAUCUAAAUACCUGUCAAUGUUUGUUACUUCAUUUCGAGAUAGCACAUUUCUAGUUUUGACUGUUGCUAUUGUUAUCUUCAACAGAUAUGCAGAUUUGACUUCUAAGGUAGUUACGGAGUAAUCAAAAAUAAAAAAGUCAAGUUAUUUCAAAGUAUAAGAGACUUCUACCUAGUGUUCUCAGCUGUGGCUCACAUAUAGAUCUGUAAGUUAUAAUUUUGCAAUAUUCAAGUUAAGAUCCAAAAUCCACAUCAAGCUUAGCUUACACACAUUUAUAACUUCACUUAUUCCAGAAAAUGUGGUUUGAAUGACUUCCUGUGGAAAGGUAAGUAAAUAAAUACAUAUUUAUUGAGAUUUUACAUGUUUUUCUUGUCAUCUGUCAAGCAUGAUUUCCUGUAUAGUGGUGUAUAUAUAUACCUCGUAUCUGACAUUGUCCGAGAAGAAAUUAUAAGAAACAUGAACAGGAAGAAUUAAAAAUGCUACUGAACUAUUUUAAGUUUGUACAUGUUACAAUGAGUCUUGUAGUACUUAAAAUGUCUUGAAGGUGGAGAAAAGUCUUUUUUCCACUUGAACAAUUAGAAGGGUGUAUUGCCCAUGUCUAGACUCAAAUGUAACGUAGCCAAUUUGGACUACAUUAUUCUCCAGUGAUGUUUUGGCAGUCUGAUACCACGAGUAUGCAUUUUUUGUAUAAAUUAUUUGCCAAAAAUACAAAAAUACCAUUAAUACCACUAUAGAAAACUUACAGGAAACAGAAACAGGCAUAGUAUGAGGCAAGUACAACUCUACAUCCUU